UGGAUAAUAAGUUUAGAAAUUACUUCUUAUAAUUUGCUGAAUUGUUUAUUUAUUGGUUGCUAUGGUGUUAUUAACUAUGUCAAGAAAUCUAUUGUCUAGUAUUAAAUUAGCUUCAAAAAAUUUGAUUCCGAUAAUUUCUACAUUUUUCCAACCCGUGUACAGUUAACCACAAAUCAAGUUUACCAAGAAAAUGUCUGGGAUAAAACAAAUUAGAAAUAAAGGUCUACUGCCUGAUUUGAGGAAAGAGGGUGUACUUACCAAAGACGUACUGCUUUCUACCCAAGAUAAACAUGUUGGCCCAGCUGGAUCUAGACUUUUUUCGCACCAUACACUUGCAAGUAUAAGGCGGCUAAGUUUUUACCAUCCAUUUUUCUUGCCGAAGGAUAGUCUGGAUUUUAUGUUGGCUACCACAUACAAUCACUCAACAGAAAGGUUCCCGGAUCAGGAGGACCUGUAUCUACAGCCAGAGACGAUUGGCUGUGACACUUGGCGGCGACUUCGGAAUACUUACGACAAACAUCCUCCUGUCGUUAUACCUUUGGGCCACCCAAUGAAGCGGGGUGGAAUAAAGGAGCACCGAUCUCCAUUCAGCGUGAAACUCAUGAACUCUGGUGUCCAUUCGUCGCAAACCAACCCGGGAUACAGCCGACAGCCCGCUGGUGGCGCCAUCUUCUUCUACUAGUUGCACUUAUUUCUGUUUAUUAGCUAUCUACCUUUUCUAUGAGUAGUUAGUACUAUAUCUCUGUGUGUUUACUAAUAUCACACAUUGGUUUCAUCUCCGUAAAAUGCUGGACAUAUUUACCACCUAGGUAUAAAACGUAGUUUGAAAAAGUAUCGUACUUAGUGUCAAAAACAAUGCAUGGUUUAAACUUAGCACUACAGAGAGCACUUUUUUAAGACCACGUUUUAUAAAAAUGGGUCGCAAUGGCGUCAGGGGACGCGUAACGAAUGUGUCGGUAGGGUAGUAUACACCCAGAGGCAAAAAGUAGAACUAGUGUAGCUAGCUGUAGAACCUAAAUCUAAAACUUAUGUAAUUAAAUUAAGAUAAUCAUGUUCGGUCUUAUUGGACCGGUUCAGGUAGUAUGCCUAUGUUUACUUUAUAAUUAUUUAUUAACAAGUACACAUUGUACUUAUUUCGUUCGAAAAUAAGAUUCAAUGGUUUUCUAGAGAACUAUCUGUUAUUUUUUGUAAUGUUACUAAUCUAAUGUAAUUUUAAAAUUUUUAAUUAUAUUGCAGCUGUCUCCUUUUUGUUUUCGUUGACAAUAAUAUGUGUUUCGUUUGUUUUCGUCUGUUGUUAAUAUAUUUUGGUCUUCAAGUUAAAAUAUACGUAUUAGUUUUUUUAA